UGAAGCUACGGUUGGUUGUUUGUCUCGCGAUAGUUGGUAACACUGUUCUCACUGCGCCUGUGCAGUUCAGCGGAUUUAUUUUCAGACUCCAUAUUUUUAUGUAAUUAGCCAAACGACCACGAGAUCUGGACAAACGUAGAACUUAUAUGUGUAUAUUUUUGCUCAGAGAGCGUAAGGCUAUGUUUACAAUCUCUUCGGGGUUUCUACUUCGCCUUGUCAAAAGAAAUGCUGGCUUAGUGCAUUUGAUAUAGUGCGUAGGUAGUUAACAUUAGCCUGCUAGUCAGUGAGACUUGCGGCUAACUAGGAAGCUAGCAGCAGCUAGCCAGUUGCAGCUAGGUGAGGCUGACCUGACGCCGCUAGCAGAGUGACCGAGUCAGCUAAUAUAGACUUGUUAAACAAGCGGUCGUGUUGUUUUACUGGAAUAUUCCUCCUGCGCGUCAUUACUGACAGAUUCGCCUUUGUAUUUGCUGGCGUCGAUGAGCUUGUGUGUGCUGUUGGCACGGCAGCCAACACCAUAACACAGAGGCUGGCGGAGGGACAGCUGUGCGGUCGAAGGGUCCAGUCCUGCCUCCUGCCUGCCGCGGGAACAUGGAAGUCAAAUAAUCAGAAAAACAGUUUGUUAGACUUCCUUAGAGCUAGUUCAGAGAGUCGCCAUGGCAGCCAGCGGCUUCUCCGAUCUCCGGGAGAAACUGAAGUCGAUGACGCCGCACCGGGACGAGCACAAGAGCAAAGUUACUGAUAGAGACGAGUACCGAAACAAGACCACGGACGAAAGUAACGGAAACGGACGGAAGCGCAAGUACCGGGAAUCCGAGGAUGAUGAGCUCGAGCACAGUGACGGUGGGGAGACCCAUGAGCAUGAAGUGAGGCGCGUGAAGAGCGGCAUUAUGCAGAAGAGCAUCUUCACACCGGAGGAUUGCGCUCAAAUCGAGGAAAAGAUUGACGAGGUGGUCGCUAACGGGGAGGCGGGGCUUUACCGCGAGCACACGGUAGACCGCGCGCCCCUGAGGAACAAGUACUUCUUCGGGGAAGGCUACACGUACGGGGCGCAGCUGGAGAAACGGGGCCCUGGGCAGGAGCGGCUGUACAGGAAAGGAGAGGUGGAUGACAUUCCGGACUGGGUGCACGAGCUGGUGAUAAAGAAGCUCGUGUCAAGCGGAGUGAUACCGGAGGGGUUCGUCAACAGCGCUGUGAUUAAUGACUAUCAACCCGGAGGCUGCAUCGUUUCUCACGUGGACCCGCUGCAUAUCUUUGCACGGCCCAUAGUGUCGGUGUCGUUUUUCAGUGACAGCGCGCUCUGCUUCGGCUGCCGCUUUCAAUUCAAGCCCAUUCGCGUGUCCGAACCCGUGCUCGAGCUACCGGUGAGGAGGGGAAGUGUAACGGUUCUUAGUGGCUACGCAGCUGACGACAUCACACACUGUAUCCGCCCCCAGGACAUCAAGCAGCGGAGAGCCGUCAUCAUCCUCAGGAAGACAAGACCGGACGCACCCCGCCUGGACUCUGAUGUCACCGUUAGCUCCUCCCCCCAGGAGAGACACGCCCCCCUGAAGGCCCAACGCUCCUCUCACCGUAGAGCUGACCCUGAUGCUGCUCACAGGCCGAGGGUUCUGGAGAUGGACAAGGAGGAGAACCGCCGCUCUGCCCUCUCCCGUCAUGGUCGCCAUAGCAACACUUCAGACAGCGUCUGGAGGCGGGGCCAGGAAUACAGUGAGGGUCGAAAGGUCAAGAUGAGGCGCCACUGAGGACACACACACUGUCACACACAUACAUAUACACACAGACACCCACACCCCUGUGUGUGAGGAGCUGGGUCACCCUCCAUGUUCCAGCACCCUGCACACAGACAGCUGUCAGCCAAUAAGAUACUGGCCUGGGGACAGAGGGCGGGGUUAUGUGUGUGUGUGUUUAGAUCAGUGCCUACCAUGUCCUGUCAGGACAUGUUCCUAUCUCUUCCUCUGCCCAUCUUUCUCCUCCCCCAUCCCUUUCUCUCUCUCCCCCCUCACUCUCCACAUCCCACUCCCCCUCUCUUCUCCCCAUCUCCCCCCCCCCCCUUUAUUCCUUAGUUUCUCGUUCUGUAAGAGGGGGAGACUCAAACAAGCCCAGUGAUGUCAUCAACCAGAGACUCAGAAAUCCAUCCCCUCCUCCUGUCCUGGUCACCAUGGCAUCUCCCUCCCCCCCCCAUAUAAAUGUGUGUUGUAUAAUAUUUGAGAGUGAGUGUAAAUAAGCAUGGUGUUAUUUUUGUAACAAGCUGUAUAGACCACAUGGAUGCUGGCGGACAGAUACUCAGUUCACUGGGAGCUUCCUGGGGACGACGGGUUGCUAUGGAGAUUUACCCUGUUUGCCAUGGAGAAGUACCUGGUGUGGCCAGAUUGUCAUGUGACCUAGAGAUGAUGAUGAUGAAAAUGAUAAUAUUUCUGUUAAAACCAACUCUUCCUA